AUGGUGCCGGUUCAGCCGGGCCUGGUGGUCGCUAUGGUAACUAGGGGCGGGUCGCAGGGUCCAGGCAACUGGGCGCAUGCGCGCAGGGACUACUGUACGCGGCGCGCGGUUGCGGGCCCCUCAGUUCCCCUCGACAUGGCGCUGAGGCGGCGACCAGGAUUUCGGCUCUGCGCCCGGCUGUCCGACUUCCUCCUGCUGCUGCUUUUCAGGGGCUGCUUGAUAGAGGCGGUGAAUCUCAAGUCUAGCAACCGAAACCCAGUAGUACAGGAAUUUCAAAGUGUGGAACUGUCUUGUAUCAUUACGGAUUCGCAGACAAAUGACCCUAGGAUUGAAUGGAAGAAAAUUCAAGAUGACCAAACCACAUAUGUGUUUUUUGACAACAAAAUUCAGGGAGACUUGGCAGGUCGUGCAGAACUUUUGGGGAAAACUUCCCUGAAGAUCUGGAAUGUGACACGGAGAGACUCAGCCCUCUAUCGCUGUGAGGUGGUUGCUCGAAAUGAUCGCAAAGAAAUAGAUGAAAUUGUCAUUCAGUUAAUUGUGCAAGUGAAGCCAGUUACCCCAACAUGCAGGGUACCGAAGGCCGUACCCGUAGGCAAGACAGCAACGCUGCACUGCCAGGAGAGCGAGGGCUCCCCGCGGCCUCACUACAGCUGGUAUCGCAACGACGUGCCGCUGCCAACAGAUUCCAGAGCCAAUCCCAGAUUUCGAAAUUCCUCGUUUCUCUUAAACUCUGAAACAGGCACUCUGGUUUUCAGUGCUGUUCACAAGGAGGACUCGGGACAGUAUUACUGUAUUGCUUCCAAUGACGCAGGCUCUGCCAGGUGUGCGGAGCAGGAGAUGGAAGUCUAUGAUCUGAACAUUGGCGGUAUUAUUGGUGGGGUCUUGGUUGUCCUUGCUGUACUGGCCCUGAUUACUUUGGGGAUCUGCUGUGCAUACAGACGUGGCUACUUCAUCAACAAUAAACAGGAUGGAGAAAGUUACAAGAACCCAGGGAAAUCAGAUGGAGUUAACUAUAUCAGGACAGAGGAGGAGGGUGACUUCAGACACAAGUCGUCAUUUGUGAUCUGAGACUUGGUGUGGCUGAGAACAUGCAAAUACCUCUGCUAGAAACUUCUGUCAAGGGCUGUGAGCCGGGUGCACCUGGACAAAGCUAGACACUCAUGCAGAAGCUUUUAGUUUUGGGCAAAGUUGACCACUACUCCUUUCUUACUCUUUAACCACAUGAAUAAAAGAAUUUUCCUCAAGAUGGACAGUAACCACACGAGAAGAAACUGUAAGUGUUCACUGAGUUGGAUUCCUGGCCUGUUGCUGGCCCGAUUCCCACACAGUAUUAGGCUGAUCUUAUAGAUCUUGCUCAUACACACUCUGCUGUGCUGGGCGCUAUGGACCUGGGAAGCCAGUUUAUCUGCUGACUGUUCAUCAGCCAGGCUGAGCACCGUGAGGUGAGGCGGUAUCUGGGUAGCCCCCGAAUGUGAAUUACAGCAUGAAACCUUGGUAACCAUAGAGGCUGCAGCAGUGAAUCCGGAAAAGACUCACAAUGACCUGGUUCAUUGGCCCACAGACCCCACUGCACAGUUCUUAAAGGCUCUGUCAAUUGGUGUCGUAGUGUCCAUCCUGGGGAAUCUUUUUGGAUCAGCAUUUUAUAAAAAACAACCAAAAUCAGCAAGGUAAAUUGCUUGCUGGAAGAGGGAUCUUCUUACCUGAGGAACCCUGCUUGUCUAAGAGGGUAUCAGGAUUUAAGGAAAACCCUUAAUUUAGGCUAAGACAGAAAUGGUACUAAAAAAGCUUUUCUAUGGGGUCUUGUUUAUUUUAUAACAUUUUGCAUUCUAAAUUUUUGCUAAGGAUGUAUUUUGAUU